GAAAUGAAAGGCGUGGGUUGGAGAAAGAGAUGCUUUGGUGGCGUAUACUGCAUAGUGAGAAAGCAAAGUGGCAGACGAAGCGGAAGCAACAUAAGAAUUUAGUGAGAACUUUCCAUGGAAGCAGAAAGCAUGGUUUAAAGUAUCCAAUUUCCUCGGCCAUUAGAAGGAUCGUCUUUCUGCGAACAGUCUGUCUUUCCUCAUAAAUACUCUCUCUCUCUCUCUCUCUCUCUCUCUCUCUACAUUGUCAUCGGACGGUGAGGAGUAAUAGUUUGUUGCCUUGGGAGUCGGGAGACCAACCUUGCGUUCUAAACCGUUGGCUUUUUGUUAUUGGAGAUGGAACUUGUCUUUCAAGACUGUCCCUCCAGGAUUAUUCCCUCCUUCCUCACUCUAUAAGGAGUUUUCGGUUUUCGUCCACCUUCAGAAGUUGUCCAUUCCGAUUAACGUAGAGAAUAUAAGCUCAUAAGGAAUUUUUGCUUGUUCCUUCUGAUCUAUAGAGCUUAUGUCCUUUCGCAUUUGACUUCUUGAUGCUUAUUUAUUGAGAGAGAGAGAGAGAGAGAGAGAGAGAGAGAGAGAUGGAUUGUUCGGAGUGGAUGAAGGAGAAAGUGUAUUGGUUCAGAUCAAGGUUGACGUUGGUAGCUCUGAUUCUGGGACAGAUUGUUUCCCUGCUCAUCACCUCCACGGGUUUCGCGUCUUCGGAACUUGCAAGAAAAGGGAUUAGUGCGCCGACGUCACAGUCGUUUUUCAACUACGUGCUUCUGGCAGUCAUAUACGGAGGCAUUGUUCUACAUCGAAGGAAAAGACUUCAUGCCAAGUGGUAUUACUAUGUAAUGCUUGCAUUUGUUGAUGUUGAAGCUAAUUAUCUUGUGGUCAAGGCAUACCAGUAUACAUCCCUAACAAGUGUCAUGCUGCUGGAUUGCUGGACAAUUCCAUGUGUCAUAUUCUUGACCUGGAUGUUCUUAAAGACUCAUUAUGGCGUAUUGAAAUUUACUGGUGUGGCUAUUUGUAUCAGUGGACUUGUUAUGGUUGUGUUUUCUGAUGCCCAUGCAAGUGAUCGAGGAAGAGGAAGCAAUCCAAUCAAAGGAGAUCUGCUUGUUGUAGGUGGCUCCAUGCUAUAUGGAAUUAGCAAUGUCAGUGAGGAGUUUCUAGUGAAGAAUGCAGAUAGAGUCGAGCUUAUGGCGAUGUUAGGCACAUUUGGAGCUAUAAUCGGUGCAUGCCAAAUAAUCAUUCUAGAGCGCCAUGAACUACAGUCAAUUCAUUGGACGGCUGGUGCUGUACUUCCCUUUGUUGGAUUUUCUUUGGCGAUGUUCUUAUUUUACACUUUGGUUCCCGUCUUGCUUAAGAUAAGCGGGUCUACGAUGCUCAACCUUUCUUUGCUGACAUCAGAUAUGUGGGCUGUUCUAAUUCGCAUAUUUGCUUAUAAGGAGCAGGUUGACUGGUUGUACUUUCUUGCUUUCUUUAUGGUUGCUGUUGGACUCAUAUUAUAUUCCUGGGCUUCUAGAAACAAUGAUAGAAUAGGAUCAGACGACGGCCAAAACAACCUCCAAUGCAGUUUAAGAGACGAGGAAGAUGCUUUUCAAAAUGCAGAGGCGCGUGUCCCACAAAGCGCGGCCAACAUAUCAAAAAAAUGAAGAUCAUGACAUUUUUACCAUGCAAUCCUCUCUAAAUGAUUGCACGUCCGGAUUCAUUUUUCUUUAUUUUUUAUAAUAUUAAUUUGUAGAGAACAGCAAUGGCUUUAGAAAUAUAUGAAAGGCAAUAGCAUUAAGAAUUUAAGAUUCUGCAA